AAUUAUCCGGGACUAACUCAUGAUUGCUUGACCAUAAAUCCCAUAGCAAAAACUUGCAUUCAAAAAAUAUGUAUGGCCCGAAAUAAGGUUGGGCCUGAGGAGGCCCAAAAUCCGAUGCAGAGAUGUUGCGGUGAAACAGACAGAGAGUGAUAAUUUCUGUAAAGUGGAUAUGAGUAAGAGAUUCGGUGCGGGCCCGCUGCUCUCUAACCAAUCAUAUCUCAUCCUUUACACGACACCACUGUUCACCAACUCAUGCGUCGCACCUGAUCCCUCCCCACCACGCUCUAAAAACCUAGAACAACAACACUGCUUAUUUAUUUACUGUAUUUAUUUCUCUCCAUUUCUGUCUCUCAUACGGAUUGAAUUUGAUUGCUGAUGAAGAAGCUUUACAAGAAGAGCACGGUGCAUCCGACGCCGUCUGUUGUUUCAGAGCACCUCCUCUCGUUUUUGCCGGCGGCGAUAUUGGCUCUGACCGCCGCUCUAUCUCCGGCCGAGAGGGAAGUCCUCGCCUACCUCAUUUCCCGACGCAAGUCCACGCCGGCGCCGGGCGAUGACCACGCGGCGUGCUUCAACUGCAACUGCUUCCGCUGCUACAUGAGCUAUUGGGCCAAGUGGGAUUCGUCGCCCAACCGCCAGCUCAUACACGAGGCCAUCGACGCCUUCGAAGAGAAGGAGAGCCGGAAAGACAAGACCAAAAAGGAGAGGAGGAAGGGCAAAAGCGUCAAACUCCCUAUCUUGAAUGAGCCCACGCAUUCCGAACCGACUUUGACCGAUGUUGAUUUCUGUUUCGUUGACUCACACACGGCGGUGGAGAGCGGCGGCGGUGGAGGCGAGCAGGAGGAAGAGGAGGAGGAGAUUGUCAUCACGGAGGAGGAAUUCGACAAGGGUUCAGUGAGGAGAUAAUUAGGAUUCGACAGCUCAAUUUGAGGAAAAGGGUAGCUUGUUUUGUGGCAGUGGCAGGGUUGCAAAAUAUGGAAAUGUCCUUUACUUUUCCACAUUAAGUGUGGUCUGCCAAAGUUCGUUGCGAAAACAGAGGCCAAAGAUUAGGCGGAUAAUCUCGUUUCAUUUCAUAGAUAUGUAUAAUCAUUAAAUAUGAUCUUGAUUUUGUUUUC